AUGCCCAAAGCUUCGUAUACUCCAAAAGACGACGCAGGGGAGGCACCUCCUCCUUCCUAUCACGAGGCUAUAGCCCUGCCUGCAUCUCCAGAACCCCUGCUUCCUCAAAGACCUCCUCAGGCUCCUCCAAGGCCUCUGAAAUCCGAAACCCAGUAUCAGCCCAGACCCCAGACUUCCCAAAGUGCCAAUGCUCCACCGAAAACACAGAGCUACCUGGGUUCUGUCAACUACUCGAACAACGCAAAUCUCCCCUUUGAGUUUCCAAAACGCUACUUCUGCAAGAAGUGCAAGAACACAGGCUACAAGAAGGAUAAUAAGAUGUGCCUAGACUGCUGGCGCCCGUUCUACUUGCGGAACAAUGCCUGGAAUCCUAAUCAGCUGCUUCCUUUCAGGUACCCCAAGAACUUCAUCUGUGAAAAAUGCUACAACCACGGCGUCAAGUUCAAGAAUGGCAAGACAUGCAAAGACUGCUAUGCACGUUUCGCUAAAAGGAACAAUUACACUAUAAACCCUCCAGGCCUCAGUGGGCCAUACUAUUCACAGCCUGUGGUGGCGCCUAUGCAGAUGCCGGGUGCUUUUGGGCCUCCUCCCCAGAUGCCUUUGAGAGUUCCUCCUGGAGAUCCUCGUUUGGGUGGAACACUUUGUGGCAAUUGCAGAGGAACAGGUCAAACGUGGUUUUUGUUGGAUUCCGAUUUGUGCAAUGUUUGUGGUGGUUUGGGUAGAUUACUCAACAGGUACUAG